UACACGUUUCCGGUCACUUUCUCUCUUUUUUUCCUCCAAAUUUCUAACCAAAAUAACUCCGAUCACUCACCAAUGGCCAACGCCACCGUGCCGGAGACCGACUUAGGUGGCGUAAAUUCUUCGCCGUCAUCUUCGUCCUCCUCGUCUCGGCCCAAACAAGACGGUACCCAAUUGAAGCGUGGGCGAGAAAAUAACAACAACAGCAACAAUAACAACAACAAUCGACACCCAAUUUACCGUGGCGUCCGAAUGAGGGUGUGGGGCAAAUGGGUGUCGGAAAUUCGAGAACCAAAGAAGAAGAGUAGGAUCUGGCUAGGCACUUUCGCGACGCCUGAAAUGGCGGCGCGUGCUCACGACGUCGCCGCACUUACCAUCAAAGGCAACUCGGCUAUCCUCAAUUUCCCUGAACUCGCCGCCUCAUUCCCCCGCCCCGUUUCCUCCUCCCCCCGUGACGUUCAAUUCGCAGCCGGCCUCGCCGCCUCAAUGCAACUCCCCAACGUCGACCUUCCUCCACCCCCUCCGCCGUUAUCUCCAUCCUCUCAGUCGCCGUCGCCUCCGCUUUCAUCGUCAUCUGAGUUGGACGAGUCGACGCCGGAGGAACUGAGUGAAAUCGUGAAGCUGCCGAGUUUGGGGACGAGUUACGAGGAAUCGGGCGAGUUCGUGUGUGACGAGUGGCAGUAUAGUUGUGGGCCAUGGUAUCAAAAUCAAAGCAGAAGGGAAGAAGAAGAAGAAGAAGCUUACGAGUACUUUAGAGAUCAAAUGGCAAUGGCGGAAACAGAGUGUGUGAUUCCCGCUUCAUUUCAACCUUUACCUUUCUCGUGGUAACAUUAAAUUCAGAUCGGUUUGGCUGUGAAUUUGUUGUGUAAUCUUCU